AUGAGCGUACGCCUCGGAACCCCGGAAACUCAACCUCUACUCAUCAGUGUGACGGACGAAGGUCACCAUUAUCACACCUGUCUACCUGCUACGUCGGACUCACCUGCCGAUUCCGCCGACGAAGAUGACGCCUUCCUCGGGUCUCAUAACCAUCACAACAGGGGCAACGAUGAGCCGAUAAUCAUCGAUUUUGAUCCCUCUGGAGAUCCAGAAAACCCGCUGGAAUGGCCGACACCGUUCAAAUGGGCUAUUGUGUUCAUCCUGGCCUUUAUGGCUUUUACUGUUACAAUGACUUGCAUUUCACUCGUCCCUCUGGCGACCGAGAUUGUGGCGGACCUUUCGCCGCCAGGAAGCACGCCCAGCAAAUCAUCUUCUGUCCUUCUCGUGACGAUCUGGGAGCUGGGCGAAGCCGCUGGCCCGCUGUUCAUCGCACCGCUCUCGGAAAUGUACGGCCGGUACCCGGUCAUGAACGUCUGCAACAUCAUUUUCAUCCUGGCCACCAUCAUGACGGCCACCUCGCAGUCUGUCACGAGCUUGGUUGUUGCGCGGAUGCUGACGGGGUGUGUGGUUGCUGGCAACGUGCUUAACCCGGCCAUUGUGGGCGACAUGUUCAUUUCUGAGCAGAGAGGAAGUCCCGUGUCGUUGGUUUAUCUGGCGCCGCUUGUCGGCGGAGCAGUAGCCCCGUUGAUUGGCAGUGCGCUUGCUGAGAUGGUCGGGUGGAGGAAGGUGAUUUGGAUGACAGCUGGACUGGCGUCGCUGGGGGAAUUCAUGUUCCUGUUGUGCUUCAGGGAGACAUACAAGGUGGCCAUUUUGAGGAAACGGGCAAAGAGAUGGGGCAAGGGGUACAAGACAGCGGUGGAUUACGAAGAGGAAGUUAAGCUCAGGGUCGAAGGAGAACAGAAAGGACUCACUGGCCAACAGGGGGUGUGGAAGAAGCUAGGUGAUGCGGUCAUGAGGCCGGCCCAUGUUCUUCUUGGGAGCGGUGUACUGAUGGCCAUGAGCUUGUUUGGAGCGGUGGUUUUUGCGUUUUAUUAUGUGAUGAGCACCACGCUGGCGGAUAUUUUGCAGGAUGUUUAUGGGUUGUCACCGAUGGCGGUUGGGAGCUGCUAUGCCAGUUUCACAAUUGGAUCUACAGUCAGUGUCCUGCUAUGCAAUCACUGCCUUGACAGAAUUUACAUCCGCAUGCGACACACCCACAAGGGAGUUGGCAAGCCGGAGUUCCGCCUUCCAUUGACCAUCAUUGGAGCUUUUGCUCUCCCCGUCGCGGUGGCAGCUUAUGGCUGGAUCCCCGAGUGGAAGCUCCCUCUUCUCUUGUUGCUCUUUUCAGUCAGCUUGCUCGGCAGUUGCCUCAUGCUGGCCAUGAUCCCCCUCAUGACAUACAUUGUCGACGCUUUUGGCAUAUACUCGGCCUCGGCGCUGACUGGAGUCAUGGUGACGAGGUGUCUCUGUGGCACCUUCCUUCCUCUUACGACGGCUCCGUUGAUGGAGAGGUUUGGGUACGGGUGGGCUUUCAGCAUCCUGGCGGGUGGCACUCUAAUGCUGGCGCCCAUCCCGAUUCUGAUGAUGAGAUAUGGUUCAAAGUGGCGGCAGCGCUCAAAGUACAGCCGUGAACAGUGA